GUAUUUCCAUUCACCCUUCCAAACCUUCACAUCCCAACACCAAGCCGCAGCAUCGUAGGGGCAGCGCAUUGUGGCUUCACUCCCCUUUCAUCGGAUGAACUUUUUCGAAGCAUGCAGCAUCGCGGCUAGUUCCGCCAGACUCCUUCCGGACCGCGACACCCCAAGCUGACAUACCGCGAUGCAAAAAUUCCAGGCUAAGCUUCGCGUUCCAACGACGAAAGUGUCCAAGAAAACCGACUCGUCGCCAGGAAUUGCUCCAAUCUCCCAAUUUGAAAAGUCGCCCGCCAUUAGACAUGCGGCUGCGUGGCCACACGCUCACAAUGGCAAGGGGGGCACACGGCUUUUUCCAGCGACGAUUCGAGCUUCAACGCUAGGCAUUCGACUCGCCGUUUCGCCCAUGUCCACGGAUCCCUGGAUUGGGGGCUGAGAAUACCGCAAUUCUUCAGGAAUCGAGUCAUGACUUACUCGACCGGAUGUAUCCUUACCGCUGGGGCUUCGCUUCUGCAAUGCCAUAAAUGGGCAUACAAAAAGCACUGUCGCUUUUCGCCCACCUUUCGAUCAGAAAAUCUCCGGCCGGCCAGGGUGGGCGACGUAACCCUCCGUGACAAGCGGAACCCU